AAAGAAGAAGAAAUUGUGCGGUUUAUUUAUGUAUUUAUUAUCGAAUACAACAAUUUUUAACUUUAUUAAUAAAAUGAGUGGAAAAAUAAUAGAAAUUGAUGGUUCUUUAAUGGAAGGGGGGGGCCAAAUCCUUCGAGUUGCCAUAACGAUAAGUACAUUAAAAAAGAUACCGGUCCGUAUUAUAAAUAUUAGAGGCGGUAGAAGCAAACCUGGCUUAAUGGAACAACAUUUAAAGGGUUUAGAAUUGGUAAGAGAUAUUUGUUCAGCUAAAACGAAAGGUUUAACAUUAGGUUCAACAGAAGUAGAAUUCUAUCCACAGUCAAUUAAGGGCGGUUCUUAUAGAGCAGAGGUUAAAACAGCCGGUAGUAUCAGCUUAUUACUUCAAAUAGCCCUCCCCUGUGUAUUAUUCGCCACUGGUCAAACGAAAUUGUACCUUCGCGGUGGUACCAACGCGGAAAUGGCCCCACAAAUAGAUUAUACUACCGAAGUGUUUAGGCCAGUGUUAGAAAAGUUUGGAGCUACGUUCGAUUUCGAUUUAGUUAAAAGGGGAUACUUUCCUAAGGGAGGUGGUGAAAUUGUGGUUACUGUGAACCCUGUUGAAGAACUCAACCCGGUUCAGUUGAUUGAGCAAGGUGAAGUUACUUCGAUUUACGGUUGGAGUUUUGUAGCUGGUACUUUACCUGAAAAACUCGCUCAUAUAAUGGCAGAUAACGCCUCUAAUGUUCUAAAAAAAUAUGGAACAGUGAAUAUUGAGAGGUAUAAAGAGGAAAAGCGUAUCGCACCUGAUAAUUGCUCAGGUAUUAUUUUAGUAGCUGAAACGGACACUAAAUGCCUUCUAGGAGGAUCAGCUUUGGGUAAUCGAAAUGAAAAUUCUGAUGAAACAGGAAGAAGAGCAGCAAAUGAGUUAUUAGUGUCAUUGGAAGAAGGUGUAUGUGUAGAUAAAUAUAGUCAAGAUCAGGUAAUUAUAUUAAUGGCUCUGGCUAGAGGUACAUCAAGGAUAAAAGUCGGAGAAAUCACAAUGCAUACCAAAACUGCCAUAUUUGUUGUUGAAACAAUGACUAAUGUUAAGUUUGAAAUAACAUCAUUGGGGCCAAGAGUAAACAUAAUAUCUUGUUCUGGUUGUUAGAAACACGAGAUGUUUACCUCAAAGUGAGUAUAUGACACGAAAAUGGAACUAUCAUUAGUGAUAUUUGAUACUGAAGCGAAGAAAAAUGUAAUUAAAGCAUCGAUGAAUAAUAAAA